GAUUAGCCUAUGGUAAAUAAAACGAUGUAGAACGUACUGAUUCCGGGCGGGUCGCGGUGAGCUGAGGAAUAUGACUGCCAGGAGGAGUGGUCGAAGGUGAGGAAUCAGAAGAUGAAGAGAACUUUUGAGAGCGCUGCAUGUUAGAGAAGAGAUACUCUGUGAACAGGAAGCUUAACUGCAAGUUAGCAGAAGAUUUUUUUGAGGAGAAAAAUGGAUCUGAAGCUGAGGAUAUAUAUCAGUAGCGGAAGCUUUUGGAGGAGCGUCAUGAUCAGUUGUAAUUGGAGAGACUCUAGCACGUUUGGUUGAUAAAAACGCGACUGCCAGGCGUCCGUAGCGCAAAACAAUGAGCGCAGGGUGAAAUGAGUUGUGUAGUUCAUUGAAGUUGUCAUUCAAUGAAUUUCAACGAAAAGAUAGCUUGGUUUGGUACUCCGCCAUCCGAGCGCAUUCCAAAUCUAAGUGACUACAACUCGCGUAUUUCCUUCCAUUGCUCUUUCCAUCAUGUCCUCCUCUAUAGAGUUGAUCAAUCCAAAGGCAGAGAGCGUAAGACGCGCUGCUGCCUUGCAGGUCAACACCACAGGCGCGAUGGGUCUUGCGAACGUAGUGAAGGGUAAUCUCGGUCCAAGAGGUACUCUCAAAAUGCUGGUAGACGGCUCCGGUCAGAUCAAAAUGACCAAGGACGGUAAAGUCCUGCUAUCCGAGAUGCAAAUACAAAAUCCUACAGCCGCCAUGAUCGCUCGAACCGCGGUGGCUCAAGAUGAUCAAGUUGGUGACGGGACUACUUCAGUAGUUCUACUGGUCGGAGAGUUACUUAAACAAGCCGAUCGUUACAUUUCGGAAGGCGUACACCCAACCGUCAUAGGAGAAGGAUUCGAUCUCGCGAAGAAAGAGGCUUUAGCGUUCCUCGACACGUUUAAACUGCCGUCCAAACUGGAUAGGCCAACUCUGAUCAACGUCGCACACACUUCGCUUGCCACUAAGCUGCAUGCCUCGUUAGCGAAGCAACUCGCUGCGGACGUUGUAGAUGCUGUGCUCACCAUCAGGCCACCAGCACCCUCCAAAGAAGCUAAAGAUCAGUACCGUGACCCAAUAGAUCUCCACAUGGUGGAAAUUAUGAAAAUGCAACACCGCACGGCGUCAGAAACUCAGCUCGUGCGUGGCCUGGUCAUGGAUCACGGUGCCAGGCAUCCGGAUAUGCCCAAACGCGUCGAGAAUGCAUUCAUUCUGACGUUGAACGUCAGCUUAGAGUACGAGAAGACAGAGGUUAAUUCUGGCUUCUUCUAUUCGUCUGCCGAGCAACGUGAAAAACUCAUCGAAUCCGAGCGGCGUUUCGUGGACGCCAAAGUCAAGAAGAUCGUGGAACUCAAGAAUCUCGUGUGCGAUCAAGCCGUUGGCGGCAAUGAAAAACCAAAACACUUUGUCGUUAUCAAUCAGAAAGGCAUCGAUCCACUUAGUCUCGAUAUCCUUGCAAAGAAUGGCAUUCUUGGUUUACGUCGUGCUAAGCGACGCAACAUGGAACGCCUGCAGCUCAUUUGCGGAGGUGUUGCGCAAAAUUCCGUAGACGAUCUAACCCCAGAUAUUCUCGGCUGGGCGGGUCUAGUUUAUGAGCACACUCUAGGCGAAGAGAAGUACACCUUCGUGGAAGAGGUUAAGCAACCUAAGAGCGUUACGCUCCUUAUCAAGGGUCCAAAUGCGCAUACGAUCCAGCAAAUUCAGGAUGCUCUACGGGACGGUCUUCGCGCCGUCAAAAAUGCGCUAGAGGAUGAGGCUCUCAUUCCCGGUGCGGGAGCGUUUGAGGUUGCAUGCGCAGCUCAUUUGAGUGGUCCUGUAAAGAAAGCUGCCAAGGGUCGCGUUAAAAUGGGUGUGCAAGCAUAUGCAGAUGCGCUAUUGAUCAUUCCAAAGACUCUUGCGCAAAACGGAGGUUUUGACGUUCAAGAUGUGGUGGUUGCGCUGCAGGACGAGCAAGCGGAGGGAAACACGGUUGGCAUCGACUUAGAAUCAGGGGAGCCAUUUGACCCGACUGUGGAGGGCAUCUGGGAUAACUACAGGGUAAAGAGGCAGAUGUUACACUCAUGUUCUGUGAUCGCGGUGAAUCUCCUUUCCACAGACGAAAUCUUACGGGCUGGCCGGAGUUCAUUGAAGCCAGAUGGGCAGUCGUGAAGAGCUGCAAGAAUUGUAAGUGCAACGUGCCUCACUGUACCAUUGUAAUACGCAUUCGACGUGGCCGAUAAUGAUGUAUAUGUGGAACGUAUGGACGAGAAUUACAAAAUGCUAC